UGGUAAACGAAAUGUUUUCAGAAACGAUCCCAUGAUUAUAUAAAAUAUGUUCUUAAAAGUGUAUUUUGAUGGUAAUGUGUACAUAAUUUUAGUUAACAUUUAAUUACAACUGGAUCAUUUUUUCGUGUAUGGCUUAAAGAGACAGCGCAGUGCCAUGGAGGACAUCCAAACCUAUGACCUCGGUCCCGAACCACAUAUCAACUACAACGACACUCAUCCCACAUUCGGGUACGAUUACUACUCUUUCGACGACUACGUGUACGUGUACGACUACGAACACGAGUACAGCAUAUUCGACUUUGAGAUUGUGAUCUACGGUUAUAUCUGGCCAGUCUUGGUCAUAAUAACGUUUCUAUUCAAUUGUCUUGCGAUCGUUGGAUUCUUACGAAAGCAUAUGCGAACUUCUGCUAAUAUUAUUUUGGUCUUCAUCUCAAUAUCGGACUCCCUUACCGGACUGGUGACCCUUCCAGCAACGUUCUAUGUGUUCUCACGCGAACAAAUGUGGCUUUCUAAAGACUGGUGCAAUGCUACCAUGAUAACCAGGUUAUACAUUUCACGUGCAUUUCACACCAUUUCUGUCUGGGAAACCGUUCUCCUCGGUUUUCAACGGUUCUUGCAUGUACGACACCCUGCUGCCGCUAACCGUUGGUGCACGAUCAAGAAAACGAUCGGCAUUGUUGCUGUAGUGUACGUCCUGUCUUUUCUAUUGCACAUGUACCAUGCCUUUGACAUUAAGGCUAGUCAUGGGUUUUGCCACUGGGUACUCGAAGAGCCAUGCGGAUGGGGCUGUGCUUAUAUCUGGGCCUCGUUUAUCCUAGGUCACGCAAUUCCCUGCGUGGCAUUGGUGGCGUUCACGACACUGAUGUUGCGAUCAGUGAGCCUGAGACCUGUUAACACAAGUUUUGACAACAACGUUAGGCGACGAAGAGAGCAAAAGAGAAACAUGACCAUCGCUGUUCUACUGAUAGUCGUCAUAUUUCUUAUACCGGAGCUGCCUUACGGUCUCUUCUACUUGUUGACGAUGAUACUGAAACUGAGCGUGCAGAAAAUACUACCUCUUAAGACAAACAGGAUUAUCCACGCCACGUAUGAGCUGGCCUUGGUGCUAAGCUUUCAUCUAAAUUUCUGGGUGUACUGUGUGAUGAUGCGAAGCUUCAGGGCUGGCAUUAAAACUCUUUUUAAGAUGGCACGGUGCAAGGAAGGCACCUUUUCAGAACUUGAGCGCGAGCGCACGUCAUCUCAGAAAAUGAGUUAUGAACUUGUUGGUGUCUCAGAAAAAGAGGCUGAAGACGUUAAAAAAAUGUGAAAAUAUAUAAAUGUUACUCAACGAUGUAACCAGCAUACUCCUUUUACAAAAAGUCUAAGAGUAAGGUCUUAUUUAGAACAUUUUUAUUAUUGAAAUCGGUUUUAAUGGCAAUGUUAAAAUCAGUUUAAAUAUAACAUUAAAAAAUGA